CUCGCCUUCCGAACACUAAGCGACACAGAGGCGAUCAGGUUUAUUCAGCGCAGCUAAAUGGGAAACAUAGGAAACAAGACAUAAACGAGAACAGGUUAUUUUGUUUUUGAUUUUCAGAACUCUUUCUGGGUUGCGAGAGACGGAGGGGGAGGAGCUAACAUGGAGUUGGGGGCGGAGCCUGUGUCAGGUGUGUCCUCAUUGGGCAGAGCCUCGCAUGCUGGGGACCAGCCGAUACCAGUCUCUCCAGACUCCACGUCCGUCAGAAACGAAGAACUUCAAACCGGAGCCUCAAAACCUCAGCUGCCUCCCAAACCCAAAAUCUCCCCCAAACCGGCUCACCUCCUCGUCGCCCCGAAACGAAGCGGCGAGACGACGGGCGGGGGGGCACCCCCGAACCCCCAGGCUACUGAGCCCCCCCGCCGGUCCUCCCAGAGCAAGAUACCAUCCCACAAUGCACCGGGGGCCCCCGAGCUGCCUUCCGCCCACAGGAUGCAUUGCCUGGCUGGUCCCAGACCGUACGGGAAACCAGCGAACCCCAACAGCGUCCGGAUAGGAUUCCCCAGGCAAGCGCAGAGCCAGGGGACCCCAAAACUGACUCCCCCGGUCCCCACUUCAAAACCAGCCUCUCUGAAGAAUCUUAAUAAUAAUAAUAAUAAUAAUAAUAAUAAUAAUAAUAAUAAUAAUGUUAUUAGAACUGUUACUCCAUUCAGUUCCACUGCAAGUAACUCAGGACGGUCCCCAGACGGGAAUUUGUCAGGAAAUGAUGUUCUAGAUCCAGAAAUCGAUCCCUUUGGGAAAAGUCUCCCGAGACCGGAAAAUCCGGGUUCCGAGAGGAAGGCAGAAGUCCCGAGCGGCGAAAAUGUGGAGGCUGAACCGCCCGCGGAGGGUUUGAAAGUCUCAGACUCGCGACAAAUCCAAACCGGACCCCGAAACGAGCGAGCGACGGAAACGCCGGAACGGGAAGCUGAGUCCGGCGAGGAGGAUUUGAAAGUCGGAAGAUCUCGAGAAACCCGGCCGAGUUCUGCAAAAGCGGUUCUCGGUCCCGCACCGGAACCCGGUCCCGAUUGCCGGUCGGAGCACGCUGCUCCCGCCCGGAAACUCUUCCACGUCAAGCAGGUCCGGAUCGGGAACGAUCCCAAGAGGUUUCCUGGGACGACCGUCGACCAAGUCCUGGCUGAGAUCGAGGAAUCUAAGAUGCGAAAGCUCAGAGAGAAGGCGAUGGAGGUCCGGGAGCCGGGAUGCGACUCCGCGUUUCAGCGGAGAGUUUGGGAAGCCCCAGGGAGCCCCGGGUUUUUUAAGGGAGCUCCCCAAUACUCCUUUAUGAAAAGGGGGAGCCAGAGAGGAGGUUUGGGGUCACCAACCGGGCCAGGAGAGAAUCCCAUAUUGGGACAGGCUGGGAUGGGGAAGGAGGCUUCGAGACUGGAGGAAGAGUCCGGAACGGGUUUGAGGAAAGAUGACAGUUCGAGCGGGAAUCUCGUCGGGUCAAAUUCCGGUCUUGGCGAUUCGGGAUCAGUUGAUAUUGACGAUUCGAUUUCUGCUGAGAAUUCGGCUUUGAAAUCAAGUUCUGCUCCUGCUGAUUCAAGUCCAGGAGAUUCGAGAUCAGUUCCAGAUUCCCCCGAUGAUUCCGUUCCGGGUUCUGCUGAAAAUUCAAGUCGGAAAUCCGAUUCAAAUCAAAAUCAAAGUCCUGGGGAUUUCAAUUCAGAAUCAAAUCUUUGCGAUUCGAGACCGAAUCUAGUUACUGAUUGUUCGAUGUCACCUCCUGCUGAAGAUUCAGGCCUAAAAUCGAACUUCAGUGAUUUCAUUCAAAAUCAAAGUCCUUCUGAUUUCACUCCAAGUCCAGUGGCUGCUGAUUUCGUUUCAGAUUCAAGUCUCAAUGAUUUCAAACCAAAUCAAAUUGUAGAUUGUUCGAUUUCAAGUUCUACUGAACAGUCAAGCCUGCAGCAAUAUAUUGACGAUUCGAAACCAAAUCAAAUCGGUGAUUAUUCUGCUGAAAAAUCAAGUCCGGAAUCAGAUCUCGGCGAUUCAAUUCAAAAUCCUGCUGAUUUUAUCUCCAGUCCAGUUCCUGGUGGUUUAAUUCCAGAUUCAAGUCUGAAACCAGUAGAUCUUGGAGAUCCCAGUCCAAUUCUGAUAACUGGUGUUGAUGGGAAUUCAGAAUCAAAAUCUGAUGAUCUUGUUCAGAGUUCUGAUUUCAGUCUGCUUGCAAGCCUCUCUGAUUCCGCCAGCCAUCCCAGAUUAUCCGAGGAUCGGGAUCAAAUUCAGGAACAAGAUCUGCAGGUCUCUGAAGGCUCUCUCCCGGAUGCUCCUCCCUCGACUGUAAAAGGAAUCCCGGAAAACUCCGAUCCCGACGCGGAUCACACCGGCACGCCGGGCAGCAGCGUCUCCGGGGAGAGAUUCCCCGGCGUUGGGAACCCCCCGGAGACGCGCGGUCCAGAACCGGAACCGAAAAAAACGCUCUCCGGUUCCAGGAGGUUCCGAAGGCAGGAGAAGCUCCUUGACUGA